GACUAUAGCUAGACUAUAGACUAUAGCAUAGCGGAACAUCAUGAAAAUUCACAGAUAGUAGGCCUAGAUCUAUUUAACAAUUUUGUAUGAGGCCUACAUUAAACUAAGACAAUGUUUUACUAAAUUCUACUUAGAUUUACCAUCUGAAAUACAUUGUACAAGAAUAAUGUGAACUAUGGAAUCCAAGAAUCAUCUGAAUGGUUCGAGUAAUAAUGAUGAAGAAAUCGAAAAUCACAAUCAUCUUAAUUCACGAACACGAUUAAAAAUCAAACAACCUAAGGACGAAACUAUUACAAUGGAAGCUGAAGAAAAUACAUCACACAAUCAAAUACAUGAUGAUGAAGACCUAAAAGCAGUAUUUACUGUUGAAGGGGAAGGUUUUGAUGUAGUUUUGUCUUUAAAAAAUGGGAGGAUUUCAUGGUCUUCAAUGAGUGCUCUGGGUCGAAGAAAAUCUGCAAGGCGUUUAUCUGGUUUUAAUAGUCGCCGCUCAUCAGUUACUGAGAGCUCAUCAUCAGAAGGAAUAUACCUUUCUAGUCUGUUUAGUGCAUAUGUUAAGAGACAGCCAAAAGCUGGUACUGAUAAAGAAAAUGAGGGGACUUGCCUAGGUCUGGUACUGAGUACCAUCGAGAGAAAAAAUGAAAAUAUUUUAAGGGAGAAAUCUAUUUUCUUUGAACACCCCAGUGAUGAGCUGUGUUCUGCUUGGUCAGAUAAAAUUAAAAAAUAUAUAAAACAUGCUCAUAAAAGGCCAACUACUAUAAAAUUAUUUCUUCAACCAUUUGCUGGAAGUAAAUCCGGACGAGUUUUAUAUCAAAAAUCAAUUCUACCCUUAUUUCAAAAUGCUGAUGUGAGUGUAGAUUGUUCAGAGGUACAACAUAAUGAAUUUAUAAAACAAGAGGUGAUUCAUUUAAAUCUUGAGGAUUAUGACUGUGUUGUAUGCAUGGGUGGGGAUGGAACAGUGAGCCAAGUGGUUGAUGCUGUUUUGACUCGGACACAAAAAGAGAAAGAAGUGGACAUGAAAUCUGGAGCAAACCCUGCUAGAUGUCCAGUACCAAUAGGGAUUAUUCCAAUUGGAAAAACCAACACAGUUGCACAUUCUGUUAUGGGCGUUGCUGAUCCAGUAACAGGUGCACUGCACAUCAUUCAUGGCCAUUUCCAGGCAGUAGAUGUCUGCUCUAUUGCUACGCCAGAUAAAUUUCACCAAUGGGGGUUCAAUUGCCAGUAUGGCUUUGCUGGUCAAGUGCUUACGUUCAUGAAAAGAUACAAAGCUCUUGGUUCCAAAAGAAUUGAUGCUGCAGUUAUCAAAGCCUUAACUAAAUCAAAACUCAGAGCUUAUGAGUGUGAUAUUGAGUAUAUUCCUGCUGAUAAAUCUGUAAAAAAUGAUGUACCAUGCAGAACAGGCUGCAACAUCUGUUGGGAUGAAGAAAUUAUAAAAACAAACAUUGAAGAAACAACAAUUGAUUUUGUUCAAGAGCUUGGCCCUCUAGAUCAGUCUUUCACAAGUAGCACAAGUUCUAUCAUUGAUCUACCUCAGGAUAACCCUUGGAGAUCACUGAAAGGAAAAUACAUGAAUGUGGGAUUGUUUGCACUGCCAGGCUUAAGUGAUUUAACUCCUCAAGGGCUCUGUCGGUUUACUCAUCUCAAUAACGGCACACUAGACCUCGUGCUUGUCAAAGAGGUGGAGAAGAAAGAGUUUGUUCGCCAUUUGAGAAGACUGGGAAAUACUAAAGAUCCGUUUGAUUUCCCAUUCAUUGAAAUUCACAAAAUUAAGCAAGUUCGUUUUCGACCACGUUUCCCUACAGGGUGGAACUACAAUGACCAUGAAUUUAAUGAAAUUAAAUACCAGAUAGAGAGAGAAUCACAAAUACAAAACAAGUUAUCAAGUCCUGAUUUCAAAAGCUCUGUUGAUAUCAUUGAUUUGUCUGAAGAGGAGGAAGAUGAGCCUGAAGAAGAGAAUAAAAAAGAAAGUGAAGAGCCAUCAGAACAACCCAGACUUGUUGGGCCGAUGUAUCGCAAAACUUUCAGAGAAAUUGAGAUGGAGAAAAAAAGAAAACAUGAAAGGAAAAAAGAGGAAAAAAUCAAAGCCAAGGAGGAAUCCAAGAUGAUAUCUGUGUGGAACAUAGAUAAUCAAAUUGCUCAUUUGCUCAGUCUUGAUAUUAAAGUGCAUCACGGCCUCUUAAAGCUGAAUGGUCUAGGUGUCUCUCCCAACACAGAAUUUUCAGAAGUCAGAUUUGGCUGUUUAUCAGGAAUGUAGACCUUGUUCAAAUUUACAGUGCAAUUUUUACUAUGCAACAUCUGAGAGUCAACUGCUGGUUUUUUUCUUUAUUUAUUUUUCAUGAAAACAAUAGAUUUUAGUUACUAUUUUUAGAGAUUUUUUAGUUUAGAAUCAAUCAACUCCUUCAUACUUUGUACAUAUUUUAUACUAGCCAUAAUUUACAUAUUUUCUUAUAUAUUUUUUUACUCUGUAUUAAGGUUGGUAAACCUUUGUAUCAUUCACAAAUUCUAUUUAAGCAAAUAUUUUAUAGGUCUUAAAAGCUUGAUUACUGAAGUAAAUAAUUUAUGAAUGAAUAACUAUUUUGCUAGUUAUAAUUUAGCUCUUACAAUCUUAAAAAAGACCUAGCUACCUUCGGAAAAUAUUUCAAUUUAAUAUAUUAAGCAAAUAAUCACUAACCUUAUAUGGGGCGUACAAAUCUAGUUCUGUCAUUAAGCAGCCUAUGGGUUUACUAAAUAGAGUAUAGGAAUAGGAUAGUUUAAAAGAAUUUUCUUUUUAACCACAUUUUGUGCAUUAGAGAAGUUUGCUUGAUUAUUUUUUUUUAAGCUUUAAAUUCAACAGCUUUUAAAUGAUGUAAAAAAAAAGUAUAUGCGGAUCAAUUUAUCAGUCUGGUGAUAAACAGCUAGUCAAUGCAAUCUUAAGCACAAUCCAAAUGCUUUCUAUUUUUUAUAAAACACAAGUAAUAAGUAGAUUAAUUUGUAGAUUAAUUUACCAUUUAAACAAAAUAACAGCACAGACAAGCAUUUCAAUUUUAAGUGUUCAUCAUAUAUGUAAAAUUUCAAAGCCUUUUUCACAUAUAUAUAAUCAAGCAUGUGAUCUUUGAAAAUUUUAUUCAACUUUUGUAAGAAUAAAAAUCUGUGCAAAGCUUUGAUUUUAAGACAGCUUUCACUUUUUGCUGUGUUUUCUCACUGGCAACAUCAAUGUUCAAAUAAAACCAAUAAAAAUACAGCUAAAAUU